UUCGUUCUUAUGGAAAUCGUUUAGCACUCUUUUCUAAUAGCCCAAAAGCCCUUUGUAGCUGCUUUAUGGGCUUUAGUGAAAUUGUUUAUAAGUAGACCACAGCCGGGUAGUUAAGCGACUUACAAUUUCUCAAGUAGUUGCUAAUUGAUCUGAUUUGAGUGCUUGUCACCUCGCCUCUCUCGCGUUACAAAGAAAGUGAGUGUUUGGUGCGAGAAUUCUUGGAGUGUGCUGCCGGCUCAGUUGUUCUUUGGAUCUGCAGCCGUAAAGAGACUUUGAUGCUAUGCUGAGAGCAAUUGCCGUUUUGUACUUGACAGUCGUGGCUGGGGCCAGUAGCAGCAGCAGGAACAGCAGCUUAACUAGCUCUCCCAUUAAUCAUCUACAGCGGUUCGGCAGAUCUCUGCUCUUUCCAGCAACCGCCCCAACGCGUGUGCAGUUCAUUGGCGGCAUUGGCAUUCCUGUGGAGGACUUACCCUUUGAGUCCGUUACGUCGGGCUAUGUGCUGAAGACGGAAUACUUUCUGCCCACCACAGCCGAGGAGAUCACCAGAGUUUACCUCAAGCCGCAGCCCAUAACAGGCAGAGAUCAUGUGGGUCACAUGGAAGAAGCAUCCGACAUGGGCUCCAUGUAUCGCUGGGUCAUCUAUCGAGGCAUCGAGACGGUUUUACAGAACAUAAAGCUACCUGGACGCAGCUGCCUCCUGCGCGUCAUUUGCGAACAUGCAGCGUUGCCCUUGACCCAUGAAAGUGGAUUACUGGGUGAGCUGCUGCACAUAGUGCUGACUCCAUCGAGCUCCUUGGACCACUAUGCCCUGCACUCCGAUCGGGAGUACUUGGUUGCGGAACGCUUUGGCAAACGUGGCGGCAGCUGCGAAUCUGCCUAUGGACACAAAUGCCCGAGCUCUCCCAUGGGACUGAUUACGGUAUUACUCUGAGUUAUUAGUACUAUAGGACA